AUGUCAUCUGCAUUCGACACCAUUAAGAGAUCAGUUUUGCUAGAACUUCUUGCUGAUGCUGGUUGUAGUGAAAACGACAUCCGACUGGUAAGGUACCUACUCUCAUGUACCAAACUGAAGAUUAAAGUGAGGUCUACCGUAUCAGGGGAGUUCAUUGUCACGAUAGGUGCGUUCCAAGGUGAUAGUUUGUCUGGAAACCUUUUCACCCUGUAUUUGGCUGGCGCACUUUAUCACCUUCGUGCCUUUAUGUCUUAUCUAAGACCCAACCCUCCGUUUGCUGAAAACCUGCUACCUCUUGAGUGGGAGUACGCAGACGACGCAGACUUCACAGACGAGGAUAAAAAGAAUUUGGAGUCCAUGUUACCAAUAUGCAAGGAGAUAUUGGAGGAGUGGAAUCUUUUUGUCAACGAAUCAAAUACAGAAUUCACACAUAUCUAUCUGGCCGAGAAGAACGAAGUUGAUGACAAAGGAGAGCCACUUCGAGGAAGAGAGCCCUGGAGAUCAUCUAUCUCACUUGGUUCCAAAUUGUGCAGCAACGAGGACAUAAAAAGACGAUGUAUUCUGGCAAAUCUAGCUUUCCAAACCUACAAGAAAGUUUGGGAACAAGGUAAACGCAUACCUCUUAAGACCAGACUUAAGAUCUACGAAGCCCAGGUGGUCUCCGUCUUAAUGACCUCCCUAAAUAAUAUACCACAUAUCUGUUCUUGGCAGAUGCCUGGAUAUGGCGAAUUGCCGGUUGCUUAA